CCCGCCCGGCCCUGCACCAGGAAACGCCUGGGGGAGCGGAGCGGAGCGGAGACAGGAGCCAGGAUGGUGAUGUCUUCGCUGAAGCUUCAAGAUCUAAUCGAGGAGAUUCGAGGGGCCAAGACCCAGGCCCAGGAGCGGGAAGUGAUCCAAAAGGAGUGUGCCCACAUCCGGGCCUCCUUCCGCGAGGGGGACCCUCUGCACAGGCACCGCCAGCUGGCCAAACUGCUCUAUGUCCACAUGCUGGGCUACCCCGCCCACUUUGGACAGAUGGAGUGCCUGAAACUGAUCGCCUCCCCCAGGUUCAUAGACAAGAGGGUGGGCUACCUGGGGGCCAUGCUUCUGCUGGAUGAGAGGCAGGAUGCCCACCUGCUCAUCACCAACAGCAUCAAGAACGACCUGAGCCAGGGUAUUCCGGCCGUACAAGGCCUGGCCCUGUGCACUCUGAGCGCCAUGGGCUCUGCUGAGAUGUGCCGGGACCUGGCCACUGAGGUGGAGAAACUGCUCCUGGAGCGAAGCCCCUACGUGCGUAAGAAGGCUGUUCUGACUGCAGUGCACAUGAUCCGAAAAGUCCCCGAGCUCUCCGACACCUUCCUCCCAGUUUGUGCCAAACUGCUUCACGAACGUCACCACGGCGUCCUGCUGGGCACCGUCACGCUGAUCACAGAGCUCUGCGAACGAAGCCCUGCCGCCCUCAAGCACUUUCGAAAGGUGGUGCCCCAGCUGGUACAGAUCCUGCGGGCUCUGGUGAUGACGGGCUACUCCACCGAGCACAGCAUAUCUGGCGUCAGUGACCCCUUCCUACAGGUCCAGAUACUUCGUCUGCUCCGGAUUCUGGGCCGGAACCACGAGGAGAGCAGUGAGAGCAUGAAUGACUUGCUGGCCCAGGUGGCCACUAAUACAGACACCAGCCGAAAUGCAGGCAGCGCGGUCCUGUUUGAGACUGUGCUCACCAUCGUGGACAUCCGCUCUGCAGCUGGCCUGCGGGUUCUAGCUGUCAACAUCCUUGGCCGCUUCUUGCUCAACAGUGACAAGAAUAUUAGAUACGUAGCCCUGACAUCGUUGCUGCGACUGGUGCAGUCUGAUCACAGCGCGGUGCAGCGACACCGGCCCACUGUGGUGGAAUGUCUUCGGGAACCUGACGCCUCUCUCAGCCGGCGGGCCCUGGAACUGAGCCUGGCUCUGGUGAACAGCUCCAACGUGCGAGCCAUGACACAAGAGCUUCAGGGCUUCCUGGAGACCUGCCCCCUUGACCUGCGGGCAGACUGUGCCUCAGGAAUCCUGCUGGCCGCAGAGAGGUUUGCCCCAACCAAGCGAUGGCACAUAGACACCAUCCUGCGAGUGCUGACAAUGGCGGGCACCCAUGUUCGGGAUGACGCGGUGGCCAACCUGACCCAGCUGAUUGGCGGGGCCCAGGAGCUCCACGCCUACUCGGUGCGCCGCCUCUACAGUGCCCUGGCACAGGACAUCUCCCAGCAACCGCUGGUGCAAGUGGCCGCCUGGUGCAUUGGGGAAUACGGGGACCUUCUGCUGGAGGGGAGCUGUGAGGAAACUGAGCCACUUCAGGUGGAAGAAGAAGAAGUGCUGGCAUUACUGGAAAGGGUGCUGCAGUCCCACAUGUCCCUGCCAGCCACCCGAGGAUACGCCCUCACAGCCCUCAUGAAGCUUAGCACCCGGCUUCGUGGGGACAACAACCGCAUCCGCCAGGUGGUGUCCAUCUACGGAAGCUGCCUGGACGUGGAGCUGCAGCAGCGGGCUGUGGAGUACAACACCCUCUUCCGGAAGUACGACCACAUGAGGGCGGCCAUCCUGGAAAAGAUGCCUCUUGUGGAACGAGGUGGCCCUCAGGCUGAUGAGGAAGUGAAGGAAAGCCAAGAAGCAACCCAACUUUUGGAACCGGCCCCUGUCCCCACAGAGCCCCAGGCCUCAAAGCUCUUGGAUCUGUUAGAUCUCCUGGAUGGACCUUCUGAGGAUUCCCAGCAGCCUCCCCCUGUGGGUCCCUCUCCAGAAGGCACUUUAAUACACCUGCUCGACCUUCCCUGUGCUCCCCUAGCCCCAGCUCCCAUCCCAAAUCUCAAAGUGUUUGAGCGGGAAGGACUACAGCUGAAUCUGUCUUUUAUUAGACCCCCUGGAACCCCUACUUUGCUCUUAAUCACUGUCACUGCCACCAACGCCUCAGAGGGUGAUGUCACCCACUUCAUCUGCCAGGCCGCUGUGCCCAAGAGUUUCCAGCUGCAGCUACAGGCCCCCAGUGGGGACACAGUUCCAGCACAGGGUGGCCUUCCAGUGACCCAGAUCCUCCGAAUCCUCAAUCCUAACAAGGCCCCCUUGCGGUUAAAGCUGCGCCUCACCUACAACCACUAUGGCCGGUCAGUGCAGGAGGUCUUUGAGGUGAACAACUUGCCUGUGGAGACAUGGCAGUAACUCAGCCUCCACUCAGCCUCCCAGACCCCUGGGUUCCCAGGUUCUUGGAGCCUACAUCUGAGGACUACCAGCAGGUGGCGCUCUGGUCCCGUGGCUUGCCAUUGCAAAAACUGGAGGGGGCCCACCCCUCUCCCCGACAAAUAAUGGAAGUCCAAUAAAGCCUGAGGGAGUGAGUUAUAUUUGUAUAUAUUUGAGGUAGAAAAUAU